CCUUCCUGUGAUGUUAUGAAAAAGACGACACCGGCGCCAUCUACCGGAGAUAACGUGCUACUCCAAUCACUGCUCUAAGCAUCCAGGUUUACCUACAUGAGCAGAGCUGUUACCUGAUUGGCGCACACAGCCAUCGUCUUUGUGUGCAUCAGUGAUGAUUAUAGAUUAGACAUAGCCAAAACGAUAACACGAUUACCCACCGAGUAUUUCCCAUUUCAUUCUCUCGUCUACGACCGUCGACAGACUGUGGCGUGAGGAAGCGAAUAUGACCAUAAGGAAUGUACGGGACCAUGGGCAGCGAUACAGACCGCGUAUGGCAUGCCUGAAGAAGGUGGAGAAUGUGGUGUUGGAGAUGCAGGACCCCAAAAGUGGAGUGAAAUCUCAGACCCAGAGGCUUGUAAUCACCACCAUCCCACAUGCUAUAACAGGGGAAGAUAUUGUUGCAUGGAUUGCCAAUCGAUUCAAAAUAGAUGCUACGGAGGCCCGAGCUAUGGGGACCUUGAUGGUGGCGUUUGGAUAUAUCUAUCCACUACAGGAUCAUAAGAGACUCAUCCUUAAACCAGACACAUCCCUGUAUCGCUUUCAGACCCCAUAUUUUUGGCCUGCACAGCAGUGGCCGGUGGAAGACACAGACUAUGCAAUUUAUUUAGCGAAGAGAAAUAUACGCAAGAAAGGGAUGUUGGAGCUGUAUGAACAGGAACAGUACAACAAUCUUUACAAAUGGAUGAAUCACAAGUGGGAUUUUAUUGUAAUGCAGGCCAAAGAGCAGUACAGGGCGGGUAAGGAGAGGAAGAAGCCAGACCGGGUUGUUUUUGACUGUCAGGAACGGGCCUACUGGGUUGUACAUCGGCCACCACCAGGAACAGUUAGUGCGAUGGACUAUGGACAUGACAGGAUGGUCGACCCUAAUAUGGAUGAGAAAAAAACAUCUGACUACUACAGAAGAAUAAUUAUGUUCACUCAGCAGUGCAUCAUGAGACCAAGGGUGAAGUCAUCUGUGUCAAUUGGAGCACUUGUUAAGUACACAACAACAUACAAAGAGCAUGACCCUUUUCUCCACGCCUGCCUGCCAAGCAACCCCUGGUUAACAGAUGAUAUUACAUAUUGGACCCUCAACAUGCCAAAUGUUGAGACCCCUACUAAAAUGAGGGUUGAGCGCUGGACUUUCAGCUUUGGAGAACUGCUUAUGGAUCCUCGAGGAAGGGCAGAUUUCCGCCUCUUCCUUAAAAAGGAGUUCAGUGGUGAGAAUCUUGCCUUCUGGGAAGCCUGUGAGGAUCUGAAAUGGGGUGCUGCGGAGACAAUGAAAGAAAAAGCUCAGCAAAUAUAUAAGACCUUUUUGGCUCGUGGAGCUCCACGUUGGAUCAACAUUGACGGCAAAACAAUGGACAUAACGGUGAAGGGUUUGGCACAUCCUCAUCGUUAUGUACUGGAUGCUGCCCAGACUCACAUUUACAUGCUCAUGAAAAAGGACUCAUACGGGCGAUAUCUCAAGUCCCCGGUGUUCAAGGAAACUCAGAAGAAGGCCAUUGCUCCUGAACCACACAGAUUCAGUGAUGCACAGUUGGAGCAGAAUGCCAAGAGAAGGCGGCCCAGCCUGAGUCCCAUCAUCCUGAGGCAGCAGGAGGAAGAACAGAAGGCCAAACUUGCAGCAAGUGGACCGGUGGACAUCACACAGGUCAUGAGUAAACUGGAAAGGAAAAAGAACGCCUGAAAGGAGACGUAAAA